AUGUUCACUGUGUUGGAAGAGCUUUACUUGACUUGGGAAUAUCAAGAUCUCGCCCCCAGCAAUGCUCUGGAUGAAGAAGAGCAUUUCUUCGAUCGAAUUGCAGAUUGUUGUGAAUUCGCACCUCUCAAGAAGUGUACUCUCCAAAAUAUUCGUACUUCUGAGACGGCCUUGCUUUUAUUCCUCCACAAGGUUCGAUUGACCAGUCUCUGGAUGAAGGUGGUGUUUAUAACCAAUGGUCAAUUUGAGUCCAUUUUCCAUUACCUAUCUACUUCAAUGCCGAAUUUGGAGUACUCGCAUCUCUAUCAGUUGUUCCAUGAACUAGGCACGGUCUAUUUCAACGCACCUAUCGAACGCCGAUUUCCGGAAACAAGAGACGCAAGAACAGGUGAGCCGAUGCAAGGAGACUGGUUGGAAACCAUAAAUCGUUAA